CCUCGCCCACUCUACCACCCUCUCCAUCUCCCUCCUCUUCCCUUAUCCUCGAGGCACACAUCUUUUGCGCAUCCACUAUCGCCGUCAGGGAAGCAGUGAGCCGCCUCCCCACCAAUCCCCCCAAUUCGGAGACCCUGCCCCGGCGACAUCAAUACACGCCGAGACGUCAACACCUCCACUCCCCAACCCUCCCACCCUCCUCCCACUCCUCGCGUCUCAACGACACCCCCAUUUCCACUGCCGACCGACUCGAUUGCCUUUCCCCCGCCUUCCCCACCCUUGCAUUCACUCACUGUCGCCGCCUGCGCCGUCUCGUGGCAGCGCUGUUGAUUUCUGGGCGCUUCUCGCACCUCACCCCCCGGGUGCACGAAAACCGCGCGUGAGGCACGGCCUGCGCACCGACCAAUUGCCCACCUCACUUCAUGUGUCAACGUCAGCUUGAACGCAACUCACCUGCACACCCCCAUCCGCACAGGGCUCAUGUGGCGUUGACCCGACAAUGUCCACGCCGCAGACCCUGACCCAAGCCCUCCCUCCACACCACCAUCUCGACCACCGACAACGAUAUCUGCCUUCACCCCAAGACCGCUACCUGCCUCCGCCAAGGCCCACCAGCGGGCCCUUUGGCAACGCCGCCUUCCACCACCCCAAUAACAUCCCCGCUCGCCCAUCGAGUUCCCUCUCCAAUCCACACCUCGCCGCGCCACCCCCACCACGACCACAGAGUGGAAUGAGCAACACCGCAUACACCACCCAUCCUCAUCCGCACGCUGCCAGCCAAACCCACAUCCAGACAAGAGGCGGAGUCGAGCUGCAACCUGAUGCCACCAGUCUCGCACCAAAGAGCUCACAUGACGACUUGAGACGGCCGAGCAGCACCUCCAGCCAGCAGCAGCAGCGCACGCUGCCCGCAUUGCCGCCCACGGAGCAGUCCGCACAUGCAGACAUGCCUCCCAAGCGCUCAGUCCCCUCUCACGAGGAACAACCCGAACACCGUGGGCGGAAAAGAGGCCGGCAAUCCCCCGUCGAUUGGGUGGCAUAUUUUGGUGGCAAGCUCCCCAACGAAAUCAUCACCAUCCACGACGACGACAGCCCCGCUCCACCCGCAUCAAUCCAAACACUACCUCCUCCGGCCAACGAUGCCACGACAUCACACCAUGUGGACAAAAAGAGACGCACCAAUGCCGGCAAUGGCGAGGCUCACUUCAGUGCCACCAAUACCCCAUAUUCACUCUCCAAUGCCGCAUCGACAGAAAGCCUGCAGAACACCACCGCACCCACCUCACUCGGAUCAUCGGGCAGCAGUAGUGGGAGACUCGACGCUACUCAGACCGGCCAGAAGCGGAAGCGCACCGUCAAGGCACCCGAGCCAGAGUCUGCCAAGAAGAAAGCCACCGAGACCCGCGGCCCCAAAGGCUAUCUAGCAGAGUAUGGUGAAUACGUCCCUCCAAAGCAGAUCAAGAAGCAGAAGGAGGUGCAUGUGCCGGCAAUCCAUGAUCGUGUCAAAUCAACUGACAAGGUGGACGACGAUGACGGCCAUUACAUCAUACACGAAAACAGCAGACUCGGCGAACGCUACAGUCUCCUCGGCCUGCUCGGUCAGGGCACUUUCGGUAAAGUGGUGAAGGCGUUGGAUAUCCGUACCCGUAGGGAGGUGGCGGUCAAGAUCAUUCGCGCAGUGCCUAAGUAUCGAGACGCGUCGAGGAUCGAGCUGCGUGUCCUCCAAACGCUGCGCGCGGCCGACGAACAUAACCGCAACCGCUGCAUUCAGAUUCGCGACUGUUUCGACUGGCGCGGCCACAUCUGCAUCGUCACCCCCCUGCUCGGCCUCUCGGUGUUCGACUUUCUCAAAUCCGGCGGCUUCGUCCCCUUCCCUAGCUCUCACAUCCAGGCCUUUGCCUGCCAACUCCUCCGCUCCAUCGCCUUCCUUCACGACCUCAAUCUCAUCCACACCGAUCUGAAACCGGAGAACAUCCUGCUGCUUAACAGCCAGUAUCAGACGUUCACGUACAAUCGAAACAUUCCGUCGAGCAGCACGCUGAAUGCGAGGAGUGCGAAGUUCCGGAGGGUGUUGUUGAGCCCGCAGAUCAACUUGAUUGAUUUCGGAAGUGCGACGUUUGAUGAUGAAUAUCACAGUUCGGUGGUCAGCACCAGGCAUUAUCGUGCGCCGGAGAUUAUCCUGGGCAUUGGCUGGUCGCAUCCCAUCGACUUGUGGUCCCUUGGCUGUAUCCUCGUCGAAUGCUGGACGGGCGAUGCUUUGUUUCAGACACACGAUUGCUGCGAGCAUCUAGCAAUGAUGGAGGCCGUCAUCGGCAGCCCAAUCGACAAAUCCCUCAUCCGCGAAGUGAACCGCACCUCGCGUAAAAACGACCGCAACAGCGCCGCGCGCUUCUUCAAAAACGGCCACCUCGCCUACCCGCUCACCGACACGCCGCGGCAAUCUAGAAAGUUCGUGCGCGGCAUGAAGCGCCUCGAGGAAGUCAUCCCCGCCACCAACGCCUUCAACCGCCAGUUCCUCGACCUGCUGCGCAAAAUCUUCGUCUACGAUCCGAAGAAGCGCAUUACGGCGCGCGAGGCGCUGAAGCACCCUUGGUUUGCGGAGUUGGUGGAGGAUGAUGGGACUGAGGCGGGGAGGAUUCGGGAGGAGCGGAAGAGGCAGAAGGAGGAGGAGGGGGUUGCGCUGGCUGCUGCUGCUGCUGGCGGGGAGAAGACGCGGUAGUCUUUGCUCUUUCGCGUUGCAUUGAGAUGAGACUUGUUGAUGUUGUUGUUGUUGUUUUUCCUCACGCAUGGGAUCGAUGAUGAUAAGAUGGGUCUGGGGUGCAUCUGGAUAUACUUAACGAGCACAAGAGAGAGGGGAGUCUCUUUCCUUCUUCAGGUUGAGGGAGCUGGGCGAUGGACGUCCUCUCGUCACGCCUGAAAAGGGGGUGGGAUGAGGUGUUUGUGCUUUUGAACUCUUGGAUGAUAUUCCCAUGCCAGGAGCAGGGCGGAGCAGGGUUAUGUUUACUACGGUACUUCUACCUUGAAUGAAUGA